AGGCUGAUCAUUUCAAAACACACCGCGCACGAGCUCUUGCCUUCUCCUGUCUCUUUCCUCUGCAGCACGAACUCGAACUCGAUGUGCACCACAGCAUGGAGCGAAAAGGUUCGCCAUGGAUAUCUUCAAUAGAACAAACACCACCAAGCUCAGUCCCCGAUCAUCCAACAAUGAGUUCGACGGCUCCAACUUCAGCAACAACCUCUUUUCCGACCUGGCGCCGCUGCUGACGCUUUUCGGAGAGCAGAUGGGAUUUGCAGAUGACAUUCUUUUGGCGAUGGCCCCCCUGGGGAUUCUGACGUGCGUCGUCAGUGCAAUUCGAGUCGGCGGUCGGAAAUGGCUCAAGGCACUUGUCGGUCGAGCUCGAGAGAGCAGAGCCACUGCAGAGAUGGAAAUAAUGUCGAGCACCAGUGACGCUGUCUUGCGAGAACGGGGGAGACCGAAGACAAAGGAGUUCGUCUACCAGCCAGUGAACAGGAACACCGGAUCAACCGAUCUGCUCAACUCGAAGAUUGUAUACGACCUCAAGACAGCCUGCGAGGAAAGGAUCUUAAAGAUCUCACAGCCCCAGUAUCAAGCCCCGGAACCAGCAGAAGAGAUCAAGCGUGCUGUUGAAAGUGCGACCAGGUUGAUGAAGCAGGCACCAAACCUCACAUUGAAUGUCACGAAGGCAAUAACGUCUCCUGGUACCACAUGGGCUUUUGCCGCGCUGGGGGUCAUAAUCCAGCUGGGCGUCAUUGUGAUUGCCUCGUUGGUUACCUAUCAUUGGCACCUGGCCGAAAAUGGAUUUUCUAGGGUCCGAUAUGGCUUUCCACUGUUUCUCAUCGGCUCAAGCCUUCAGUGUGCGGGUGUCUUCCUAUGUUCCUAUAUCAUAGAAGCCAUCACAGAAGAAAUCAACUUUGAGCUUGUCGAGGGCAAGCCUGACACGAAAGUGGUUCGUGUGCAAUGUGCCUGCACCGUGGGCGAUCAACGCUUUGGAUCAUACGCGAUCAUGAACGAGGAAGGAAACACAACAAUCCGCACUUCUAGGAUAAUGGAUGGUGGUGACUUCAGCUUUCUGUCGAUUAUUGCAACGUGUUCGUCGCUCGGGGGUUAUAUAUUGCAGUUCGUGGGCUGUAAGUUAUAGAAUCUUGAUCUACAUGAAGCGCAGGGCUGACAUGGCC